ACAGAACGUGACGAGACCGACUUCCGGUUUCGGUUCUGAACGUAGUGCACCGACUUCCGGAUUCGGCUCCCUACCGUAAAACGGUUUAUGAUUAUAUUUUUUUUAGGUUUGCUUUCCUUCCAUUCUGUUCCCGCUAGAACCGAACCAAUUAUCCAGCAAGCAUCGGACCAGAAGAGUCUCCGAUUUCUGCACCAGAUACCUGUGUCUGUUUUGGCACGGUUUUUACAGCUGGAUGCCCUUCCUAACACCAUCCACCCCGCAGAGUGGACUGAGUGCUUUUUACAUGGCACCAGCACAGGCGAGAUAUGUGGUGUGAAGUACUGAGUGAAUAAAGGUGUGGUGUGCUGACAGUGGAAAGUACGUAAGGCCCAGGAAACCCAAAGAAAGUAUGGGAAGAAGUGGUGUGAUCAGAUCUUAGGAUACCGGAUCUCUUAGCUGCAAUGUCACUGGAGCAAGGAAAUAUGGAUACUUACAAGCCUGGCUACUUUUUUGAGCGUGGUUUUCAGAACCGGACGAUGGACGAUGAUGUGAUCAUAGAAGGAACAGCGUCCAGUUCACCGGUUACGCCAGUGAUGAGCAAUCCUGGCACACCACGCUCAGAGUUGGACAUACAUGGCAACCAUGGUACGCCACCCCCGGCCAUAGCCAACCGGGGUCCGCAAUUACCACAGAUGUCACAACACCCUCAGACAAAAUACACCCAGCUUCUGGCGGUCAUCGAGGACAUGGGCAAAGAUAUACGUCCGACGUACUCUGGCAGCAAAUCCUCCGCUGAACGACUGAAGCGAGGCAUCGUUCAUGCCCGCAUACUGGUGCGAGAAUGUCUGAUGGAGUGUGAACGUAGUGCUCGGACAUGAGGCAAGCAAUUCCCCACCUCUCUCUUUCUUUUACAAGUCAAAAUAACAACCAACAACUCAACCAAAUAAACUAACCAGCCACCAGUCUGUUUGUUGGUCUGUAGACUU